AUGGCGGCUGCAGUUGAAAUGAGAACAUGUGGAUCAUGUUGUCUUCAGUUGAAGGAACUCGUGAACAGCUACGAAGAAGAGCUUGGAUUAAAAGGCAAAGAGUUUGAUGGCACUAAAAUUCAUGCCUUUGGAUCACUAAACUUUUACUUGGAACACAGUAAGUUUAAUGACUUACUGAACAGUAUUAGAUCAAAGUGUAAGAGCUGUGCAAGUUGGCCUGAUCCUGCCAAAGCCAUUCGAGCUUCUCAGGAAAGACAACAACAAGUUGAAAACCUUGCACCAGUGAAAAAUUACAUCUCAGAAUGUUUAGACAAGUUGCAAAAUGCCAUGAAAGACAAAUCAAUAAAGGUUGUUGCACAGAGACUUGAAGCCAUCACAAGAAAAGUUGGGUUGAAGUUUAUUGAAAGUGGCAGAGAAUGCUUCAUAAAUUCUGACAUGUUUUAUGUUGAGGUUCGAAUGGCAGCUGAUGGUACAGUUUCAGAAGUGAAAGUGGCGCACACUGGAGAUCCUGAGAGUUGCCCUGAGCUAACAAGAGUUUUAAGGGAGGGAGAUUAUAAUGAAUUUUUAUGCCAUUUACAAGGAUUAUGUGAUCUUUAUCAGCUCUCUCGUGACACAUUUCAAAAACCAAAGGUUCUUGCAGCUCUCAAAGCAGUGGAAACCGAUAUUAAUACAAUGGCAGCAUUCUUUGGUACAGAUGUGACUUCCACCGAAGCCAUCACACAAUGUCCUGUCGGCUUUAUCACCCCGAGACAGGGAGGCCGUCGAAUGCGCCUCUGUUAUUUUGCUUCCCCAUAUGAGUUACUGGAUGUCAACAGGCCUGGACAGGAUCGACAUUUUACAAGAGAAGAACCCCCUCCAAGAGACUUUGGUUAUCAAGUUUACGUGUCGCUGGAGCAAUCCCAGGACACAUCUCUUCCAAUCAGUCCACUUAUUACCGAGCCUUGUUACAGCAUGUUGGGACUGGAUGCGAGUCUAGAACCCAACAGCGAAGACUACCUGUUUGAGUUAAGAUCAUCUGAGCCAUUCACCCUAACAGUUACUUUUGAACAUCCUUGUACAUCCAGCAUGGCGUCAAUUGAUUUUUUCGUCUCUGAGGAUGACAUGAUCAAAGCUACCCUCACAACAGUGCCUGGAAAACCACUGUUCUGUUCGAAUGAUUACAUUUCCAGAGUCACUCAGAGGUGUCUCUCAAUCCCAGCUGCGAUGCGAUGCAUCAUCAGAAAAGCACAGAGCGUCAAACUAGAGGAACUUCCGGUUAAGGCAAGCGAGGAACUACUUCUUCCUGUCGGUGGGGGGCAACCAUCUACCAAAUUAGCAAGUCUGUCACUCCCUUCCAGUGCCGCUCUGUUCGGUGCGGCGGUCGGAACUCCGUCCAACCCCAACACGCCAGUGUUUCUGGGAACGUCACCGUCGUUUACAGGUUUUAACCUGGAAACACCCUCGCCGACUUUCAGUGCGUUCACGUUUUCUUCAAUAUCUCCUACGUUUUCUUUUAAUACAACGGAUAUUACAGCCGCUGCGGCAGAUUCUCUGACCACGACGGCCGCAAAACAACCCGAGAAGAAGCCUGAAGCCGCAAAAACACCGAACUUGAAGAUAACUCUUAAACGAAAGCGAGACGAUGAAUAUGUCAUUGAGAACUUUCAAUUGCCCGAUGAAGUCCCAAAGAGCGCGGUAAGAACGCCAGUUGGGCAAACGCCAUCGAAAAGCAAAGAAACGCCCGAUCCGGAGUCAAUGGAAGGAGACAACUUCCCUUUUGAUCUCGCUGCUGUCUCCGGAGCUAACUUCACUAUGGGGACCACAUUCCCGGAUGUAAGUGCUGGGUUAGAUGGUUCAGUGGUCGUGGCUGCAGGUAGUUCCACCGCUGGUCAACAUGUUGGUUUGGCGGGCGCAGACUCUUUAGCUGCUGCAAGCGGGCUAGGGAUCGUUUCCGCGGGAAUUGAGGGAUUAUCCGCCACCGCCGAUUUGUUCGAUAUAGGGGGCGCCGGUGCUGACGGGACAGAUUUAGAGGGGAUUCUUCAGAAUCUUUCUGGAGCAUCUCAUCUUCCACCAGGGAUUGUGUCAGGUGCUACGGCUUUGGAUUUUGAAACAGGAUUAGGAGCUGGAGUACCAGGACUGGACGUAUCAGAUCCUGGUUUCGACAUCGACGCGGCCCUUGAUGCCAGUGCUGUCGCAGACCCGAGUAUUGCGGGCACUGCCGGAGCCUUUGAUGUCGACUCCACGCUGGGCUUUGACCUCGAUAAUAUCACCGGUGUAGGAGGUCUCCCUCCUGAAGUUACAGGUGCAGCGGACCUGCUGGCCGUUAGUGGACUGAGCGGGAGUGACGUGUCCGUUGAUAUCGAUAUGCCUGGGACAUCGCAUUCGAAGAUAUGAGCUAGAUUUGCGGACUUAUUUUGGGACAGCUACCAGGCAACUCUUACGUGAAGCGCCUACAGGGUUGAAUGCCGUCUGAGGUGCGAUGAUGGAGAGUAACAAAUGUCAAGGAGCGAAGACUGCGAUCGAAGAUCGAGCAGACAGUUCUUACGCAUUGGUCGUGCUCUCGAAACUUCCCAAGUGCUUCAAAUCUCGAUGAACGCACACUGACGCAUGAACCAAUUGUUAAACAAAGGCUACAUAAAUGCCCCUAUUUCAGUUACUCUAGGUUAAAUGCUAAAAAGAACAAUUUUUAAUGAAGAGUCAAAAGUUUUCCGGAAUUGCAUCGAUUUUACUUUGCCCUCUGCCCAGUUUCACUCUCGCCAGCUCGUUCAAUCGCUUUUUUGCGCGCUUAGGGUAUCUGACGUAUUUUUUCUAGUUUUCAUCGGCUGCUUGUGAUACUAAACUUCGCUGUGAUUGGCUGCUGUGAUAACUUCGGUUUUGAGUUCUCGUUUUAGAACUUGCGAAAUGCGCUGCUACUCUCAAAACCAAACAGCAAUAAUGUCACUGUAGACGAGUUUAUUGACCCUGGGUUGCAAAGGUUUACAAGAUAUACAACACGAAUGAAGGGUAGAUACACAAAACAACAACUUUCACGGGUUUCACUCGAUUUGUUAAAAAAGAGAUGUCUCAGAAAAAAUAGAAGAACAUUUACAGACUGAUUUGGUUUCUAAGUAUAAAUACAAUAGUACAGAUCAAAUUUAUGGUGCGACGUUUUAAAAUGCUAAGUGUGCUUUAUUAAACGUCCUUGCCACAUGGCAUCUGAACGCA